AUGCUGGUUUUACGUUCAUUACCACAGCAACCGAAGGCGCCAGAAUUUUGCAGUUUGAGCUUGAUGAUUUUAGAGGGAGGAGAGAGGAAGGCUGUUUACAAAUAUAACUAAACAGAGACAAGAAACCCCAGUUCCUCAGCUUGACUCACGUCUUGAGGCAUUUCUGGCCCAUGUCACUUUUACCCUAGAGUGCCUUGAUUUUGGAAGAUACACGAUGGUCAGAAUCACAGAAGACCUGAUUCGGAAGAGGGCGGAACAUAAUGAGUGUGAGAUAUAUUCUCUUCAAGAAAUCUCCCUCCACCAACAAGGAGUAGAAAGGAUAGAACACCUGGACAGAUGGUGUAGAGACCUGAAGAUUCUUUACUUACAGAACAAUGUCAUUCCAAAGAUAGAAAAUGUUGGGAGAUUGAAGAAACUGGAGUAUCUCAACCUCGCCCUCAACAAUGUGGAAAGAAUAGAGAACUUGGAAGGCUGUGAGUCUCUGAAAAAGCUGGACCUGACGGUGAAUUUUGUGGGUGAGCUGACCGGUGUGGAACAUCUCCAACAGAACCAAUUCCUGGAAGAGCUGUAUCUGACAGGGAACCCCUGCACAGACUUUGAUGGUUACAGACAGUAUGUGGUUACCACCCUACCUCAACUGAAGAAGUUAGAUGGAAAAGUGAUCCAGAAAACUGAAAGAAUCCUGGCAAGACAGGAUUAUGAAGCAGUGAGGAAAAACAUAAUAGAACAACAGCAGGCAUAUGUCCAGAAAAGGGUUCUGGCACUCACAGCAGAUUAG